AGUAACAAGAACUUAAGAUGGACACCCGUACCAGUGCCCAGGACGUGAUGCGAUGUGACGUGUGUGAGACCGCUGUGGUACAGAUGCACUGUGAUACAUGUCUUGUCAACUUGUGUAAGGCCUGUGUGGGAGAUCACAUUUCAACAGGUGAAACCAAAGAUCACAAGGUCGUCAAGUUUCAGGACAGGAAAUCUACCCCCCUCUACCCUGGAUGUACAUCACAUAACAAACAACAAUGUACAAUGUACUGUAAUCAAUGUGACAUUCCUGUUUGUACAAAGUGUCUAGCAUCUGUUGAACAUUUAGGUCAUAAGUUGUCAGACAUCUUACAAAUUGCGGAAGAAAAAAAGGACAUAAUUAUCAAAGAAGUCAUUGAAUUACGUGAGACAAUUUAUCCCACCUACCAUGACAUUGCCUCUGAUGUACAAAACAGAAUGAGUCAAUUGAAAAAGGAAUAUGGAGAUCUCUCAACAGGCAUAACAAAACAUGGAGAGGACUGGCACAGACAAAUUGACAAACUUGUCAAGAAACUUAAAGCUGAACUUGAUGAGAUGAAAAACACACAGUUACAAACUCUACAGAAACAUCUGGAUGAAAUAAACAAGACAAUGUCCGAAAUCGGGGAUGAAAUAGAUUCAGUUGAAAUGGUUACAGACACUAAUGACUUGUCAAAACUAUUGAGUGUCACAUCCAUGGCCAGUGUAAUUAAUACAUACAGAAAUCUUCCACAAAAACUUGAACCAAUCUUACCAAAAUUCAUUCCAGGAAAAAUCCAAGAACUUGAUAAAUUGUUUGGCGUCUUAUCAUCAAGUUCCUUAACUUCAGAUAAACACGGCUACAGCAUGAAGACAACACAGAAAUCACCGGAGGCUGGAUCCUCUCCUCCAGUCAAACAGAUGCUUGAUGAACCAGAGACUAUCACCACCAUAGACACUGGGUGUAAAUACCUUUACAAUGUGGCCUGUCUGAGUGAUGAAGAAAUCUGGACAAGUGGAAGUGACAGAACCAUGGAACUCUACAGCAUCAAUCAGGGAUCACUACUCAAGUCAAUCACAACCAAGUCAGGGAAAAUACCAUCUGACAUAGCAGUGACAAAAAGUGGAGAUCUAGUAUAUACUGAUAACGAUUACGAAGAUGGAACUGUGAACAUUGUGAAGAAUAAGAAGAUAAAGAAGGUGAUCAGACUACAGAACUGGAAACCUCUUGGUGUCUGUAGUACCUCCUCUGGUGACCUCCUGGUUAUCAUGGACAGUGAUGAUUACAAACAUUGUCAUACAAAAGUUGUCCGUUACUCUGGCUCCACAGAGAAACAAACCAUUCAGUUUGAUGAUAAAGGUCAACCUCUCUAUUCUGGUUAUUAUAACAGAUACAUUACUGAGAACAGGAACCUGGAUAUCUGUGUGUCUGACUGGGGAGCAAGAGCAGUAGUGGUGGUCAAUCAGGCCGGAAAACUGAGAUUCAGGUACACUGGACAUACUCCUGCUCCAAAGAACCAACCAUUCAGUCCACGAGGAAUCACCACAGACAGUCAGAGUCACGUCCUUAGAGCUGAUUAUUGGAAUCACUGUGUCCACAUCAUAGACCAGGAUGGAAAUUUCCUUUGUUACAUAGACUGUGGACUGAGUGAUCCAUGGGGACUGUGUUCAGAUACAAAUGACAAUCUGUUUGUUGCUGAAAUCAGGAAACAAAAUGUGAAGAAAAUCAAAUAUCUCCAGUGA